AUGUGUGUCACCGGCGGGGCCCGGGACACGCUCUGCGCGCUGCUAGGCAGCCACGCGAGGCAGUGCCAGAGCCACGGACUGCCCAUCCUACCGUGGAGGGAGCAGGCGGGCUGCGACCUGCCUUGUCCGGCGCACAGCCACUACGAGCUCUGCGGCUCCUCCUGCCCCGCUUCCUGCGCCGGCCCCGUCCCGGGGCUGGGCCUGGGCCCCUCCCGCUGCCCGACGCCGUGCCAGGAAGGAUGUCAGUGCGACCCCGGCUUCGUGCUGAGCGGCACCGGCUGCGUGCGCCCGGCGCGGUGCGGCUGCAGCUCCGGGGGCCGCUACUACGUGGCCGGAGAGACCUUCUGGGCGGGGCCGUCCUGCCUGCGCCGCUGCCGCUGCGACCCCGCUUCCCACACCGUGCGCUGCGCCGCCGCCGCCUGCCGGACCGGGGAGCGGUGCGGGAUGCUGCGGGGCGUCCUCGGCUGCCACCCGUUGGGCCCGGCCUCCUGCCGCGCGGCGGGCCGCUCGCAGCUCAGCACCUUCGACGGCCGCAUCUACGCGGCCCCGGCUUCGUGCGCCUUCGUCCUGUCCGAGCUGUGCGGGGCCCCGGAUCCCGCGGACCCCGCCCCGCUGCCCCCGUUCAGGGUCGAGGUCAAGAAAAGGCCCGGCCCACGGGGCCCCGAGCUGGAGGAAGUUUCGGUGCUGGUCAACGGGACCCAAGUGCGGUUCUCGAGAGCGGAGCCGGGCCUCGCGCAGGUGGACGGGGAGGCCGUGGCCUUACCCCUGCGCUUUCCCGCCGCCGGGCUGGCUCUGUACCGCGACGGCCCCUUCUCAGAGCUGCAGAGCGACUUGGGCCUGGCGGUCCGCUCAGACCUCGCUUACAGCGUCCACCUCUCCCUGCCCCCACGCUACGCGGGCCGCGUCUGCGGCCUGUGCGGGGACUUCAACGGCGAUCCGGCCGACGACCCGCGGCCCCCGCCUCCCGCGCCGAGGGGCGACCCGGCCGACGACCCGCGGCCUCCGCACCUCACGCCGAGGGGCGAGCCGGCCGACGAGCUACAGCCCCCGCAUCUCCUGCCGAGAGGCGGCCCGACCGACGACGGCCACCCCGGGAACGGCUCCCGGCGGAUGGGCCCGGCCGCCGCCCCCGGGGCCUCGAAGGCGGACCUGGCCCACGGCACGGCUGCGUGGAGCAGCGACGACUGCGACGGAGCCUGCGGGGGGGGCCCACGGGCUCUCUGCCGGCUGGUGCUGGACCCUGAGGGCCCCUUCGCCGCCUGCCACGCCCUCGUGGCCCCGGCGCCCUACGAGGAGGCCUGCGUGAGCGACGCCUGCCUGGACCCCGCCAGCGCUGAGCGGCUCCUCUGCCUGGCCGCGCGGGAUUACACCGCCUCCUGUCAGCGCGUCAACGCGAGCCUCCAGCCCUGGAGAAACGCGUCCUUCUGCGACCCCGGCUGCCCCGCACACAGCCGCUACCGGCUCUGCAGAGACCCCCGAGCGCUCCGCCUCUGUGCCGGCGCCCCGCUCCCCUCCCGCGACCGCCCCGCCUGCUCCGAGGGCUGCGCCUGCCUCGACGGGUUCCUGUGGAAUGGCCAGAGCUGCGUCCGGCCGGGACAGUGCGGCUGUGAGCAUGAAGGACGCUACUACCACGUGGGGACGUUGGUGUGGCUCCCCGGCUGCUCGAGACGCUGCAGCUGCGAAGCGGGCGCCCGGUUCCGCUGCUCGGCGGCUCGCUGCCCCGCCGGGGAGCGCUGCGCGGUGCGCCACGGCCGCCGAGGCUGCCACGGCCCCAUGGGCACCUGCUCGGCCUCGGGAGACCCGCACUACUACUCCUUCGACGGCGCCGUCACCCACUUCCAGGGCACCUGCAGCUACGAGCUGACGCGCUCCUGCGGGCCCGGCCCGAGCCCCGGCGGGCUCUCGUUCCGCGUCGUGGCCACCAACAGGCACUUCCGCAGCCGCCGCGUCUCCUUCGUCAGCCGCGUGGAAGUCUGGCUGCACGGGCCGGGCCUGGCAGCGCACGUGGUCCUGGGCCAAGGCCGGGCCCUGCAGGUGGGCGGGGCCGCAGCGGGCGCGCGCGACCCGGCGGCUCGGCGGGGAGUCCGAGUCCGGGAGCCUCCCGGUGCCGCGCCUACUUGCUCCCCCUCCCCCGUGGCCGCCCACGCUCUGUUCGGAACCGUCGACGGCAGGGCCGCGACGCCGCCGGUGCGGCUGGGCCUCCGGGCGCGCGUAACGGAGGGGCGGCAGGGCGCUGUGGCGGUGCAGGUGGACGAGGAAUUGGAGGUGCGCUUCAACGGCCGCGGUGCCGCCGUGGUCCGGGUGGCGUCGAGGUACCGUGGCCGCCUCUGUGGCAUGUGCGGGAACUUCAACGGAGAUCAGGCCGACGACAAGCUCCUGCCCAGCGGCGCCCCGGCCCCCAGCGAUGCCGCCUUCGGGAACGCUUGGCAGACGGACCCCAGCCCCGCUGGGUGCCAAAAGGAUUCGGGGGAAGGCGAGCCCUGCCCGGACCUGGCGCAGGCGCAGCAGCUCUGCUUCAUCCUCGUCAAUCGCUCUGGCCCCUUCGCCGAGUGCCAUUGGCAUGAAAGUCCCGGUCCCUACGCCCAAGCUUGCAUCUACGACCUCUGCCGCUACGGCACCGGGAACCGAAUGCAGUGUGCCGCGCUGGAACCAUAUGCAGAGCUGUGCGCCCUGCACGGGCUUCACCUACCGGACUGGAGGGAGGAGCUGGGUUGCGGGGAAGGGAGUUCCAGGCCAGAGGCAGGACGUAGGCGAGCGAUAACCGGCGAGAUCGAGGUGUAUCGCUCCCUCCCCCUGCCCCACGGCCGGGUCCGGGGAGGCGAGGCGCCGGGGGACGCGGGCGGGGGCUGCGGCGGGGCAGGUGUGACCUGCCCGCCCAACAGCUACUACGACUUCUGCGGGCCGCCCUGCCCGCCCACCUGCGGCGGGUUCAACGGCAGCGGCCUGGGCUGCGGCGGCCCGUGCAGCGCGGGCUGCUUCUGCCGCGACGGCUUCGCGCUGGAGGCGGGCGCGUGCGUGGCCCGGGCCCGCUGCGGCUGCGCGCUGCCCGGCGGCCGCUACCUGCCGCUGGGGGGCGCCGCGCUGCUGCACGACGACUGCAGCCGGCGCUGCGCGUGCCGGGCCCCGGGCGCCCUGCAGUGCGCGCCCCACGCGUGCGCGCCCGGGGAGCGCUGCCGCCUGCGCGGGGGCCGGCGGGGCUGCCACCCAACGCGCUUCGGGACCCUGUGGCUCUACGGGGAUCCGCACGUGCAGACGUUCGACGGGGCGGCGCUCCGCCUGCACGAGCCCCGACGCUUCACCCUCAGCCGCUCCUGCCGCACCCGCCGCCGCCGCCGCCGGCUCCAGCCCUUCGCCGUCGCCCUCACCGUGGGCCGCGGGCCCGGGGCGGCCGCCUGGGCGCGGCGCUUGGACGUGGACGUGCUCGGGGCGCGGCUCGGUCUGCUGGCGUGGCGACCGGGGUCGGUGGAGGUGAACGGGUCCCGGGCGAACUUACCCGUGGUCCUGGCCGGGGGACGCGUCCUCGUCUACUACAGCGGCUCGGCGGCCGUGGUCCGGACCGACGCGGGUCUGUCCGUGUCCUUCGACUGGUCGCACCACGUCUCCGUGACGGUGCCGGAGACCUACGCCGGGGCCCUGUGCGGGCUCGGGGGCGACUUCAACGGGGACCCCCGCGACGACUUCCGAGCGCCCGACGGCUCGCUGCUGGCCGACGCCGCCGCCUUCGCCGCCAGCUGGCGGGAGCCGGACGCGCCGGGCGCGGCUCCGUGCGUGGCCCCGCGCCCCGCGCCGCGCUGCGGCCGCGAAGCCCAGGCCCGAUACCGCGCCGGAGGCGCCUGCGGACUGAUCGCCGCCCAGGACGGGCCCUUCCGCGCCUGCCACCGGCCGGACGAAGCUCGGCUCCACCUAGAAAACUGCGUCCACGACUUGUGCGCCACCGGCGGGGCCCGGGACACGCUCUGCGCGCUGCUAGGCAGCCACGCGAGGCAGUGCCAGAGCCACGGAUUGCCCAUCCUACCGUGGAGGGGGCAGGCGGGCUGCGACCUACCGUGUCCGGCGCACAGCCACUACGAGCUCUGCGGCUCCUCCUGCCCCGCUUCCUGCGCCGGCCCCGUCCCGGGGCUGGGCCUGGGCCCCGCCCGCUGCCCGACGCCGUGCCAGGAAGGAUGUCAGUGCGACCCCGGCUUCGUGCUGAGCGGCACCGGCUGCGUGCGCCCGGCGCGGUGCGGCUGCAGCUCCGGGGGCCGCUACUACGUGGCCGGAGAGACCUUCUGGGCGGGGCCGUCCUGCCUGCGCCGCUGCCGCUGCGACCCCGCUUCCCGCACCGUGCGCUGCGCCGCCGCCGCCUGCCGGACCGGGGAGCGGUGCGGGAUGCUGCGGGGCGUCCUCGGCUGCCACCCUCAGCUCGUGGCCUCCCCCGGACAUUCGCGUCUGAAAAGGCGCCCCGGGUCCGACGCGCCCUGUUCAGGGCUCUUGGAGGACUUGGCUUCGGUCAGAGGGAGCGGGGCUCAGGUAAAUCCCGCUCCUGCCCCUCCAUAG